UGCCAAACGCUUUAUGGAUGCUGGCUUCGAUCACCACGAUCUUUUCUUUGCGGAUGGCAGCACCCCUACAGAUGCCAUUGUCAAAGAAUUUCUGGAUAUCUGUGAAAAUGCUGAGGGUGCCAUUGCAGUACAUUGUAAAUCUGGCCUUGGUCACGCGGGCACUCUGAUAGCCUGCUACAUCAUGAAGCAUUACAGGAUGAUAGCAGCCGAGACCAUUGCGUGGGUAAGGAUCUGCAGACCUGGCUUGGUGAUUAGGCCUCAGCAGCAGUUUUUGGUGAUGAAGCAAACAAGCCUCUGGCUGAAAGGGGACUAUUUUCGGCAGAGGUUAAAGGGACAGGAGAAUGGACAACACAGAGCAGCCUUCUCCAAACUUCUCUCUGGUGUUUAUGACAUUUCCAUAACUGGCGUCGAGAAUCAAGACCAGCAAGAACCCGAACCUUACAGUGAUGACGACGACAUCAAUGGAGUGACACAAGGUGAUAGACGUCAGGCCCUGAAAAGCAGAAAACAAUCAAAAACAAACGCUAUUCCUCUGACAUAUGCCCUAGCCGUGCUGACCUCUGCACUAUGUAGUAUUGUCAUCUGGUGGAUUGUUUGUGACUAAUUCUUCCCAUCCUGCUAUUCUGUCUUGAUGGUUUUAGAACAUAGUAGCCAUCAGGACCCCCUGACAGAUAGCUGCUUCUCUCCGUUUCAAGGA